AUGUCGUCCCCGGAAACCACGCAGUUGAGUCGGAGCCCGAAGAACGCUUCGUUUUUCAUGGAGUCUCUACUGAGUUCUCCGCAUCACGGAUACACGCGCGAAGAGAUGAAUCCAUUGCGAUCUCUGAUUCCUUGGUUCCAUCAGGAUAUCGUACUGACGCCAGAACAAUUGGCGUUCCAUGCCGCUACCCGGGCCGCUUUGGCGCUCCGUCUAGGUGUCAAUCCCCCGACGAACUUCGGACCAAUGCAAAUUCCGCCGCAAGAGAUCAUAAAACGUGAAGACAGCUCCCGCUACAUGGAUCAUCAGCAGCAGCAACCGCUCGGUGGACGUCAGCACGAGAUGCCCUCCACAAUAUCCAUCGACCGGGGAUCAGCGUCUAGUCCCGAGAGAGUGCCCCAACUGGAUUCCGACAUCAAACGCAUUCGGACGGCGUUCACGGGGACGCAACUGCUCGAGUUGGAACGGGAGUUCACCGCCAAUAUGUACCUGUCGAGAUUGCGUCGCAUCGAAAUCGCCAGCCGUUUGGGUCUCACGGAGAAACAAGUGAAAAUUUGGUUUCAAAACCGCCGUGUCAAGCAGAAGAAAUCGGGAAAGGAAAUCGUCUGUGCGAAGAACCAUUGUGGAUGCUGUAAACAGAAAGAAGAACCAGGCAUCUGCACCUCGUCACAGGAAUGA